AUGCCAUACAAACUAGCAUGGCUCAAGCAGGGUGGCGAGCUUAUGGUUAGCAAGCAUGCAUUGAUUGCCUUCUCGGUUGGCCCAAAGUAUAGAGAUGAAGUGUUGUGUGACGUUGUACCUAUGGAUGCUUACCAUUUAUUAUUGGGCAGGCAUUGGCAAUAUAAUCGGAAGGUGACACACGAUGGCCGCGCCAACUCUUAUAGCUUUAUCUACAGUGGUGUAAAGAUAGUGUUAGUGCCCAACAAGGCAGUGGAAGUAUCAACCGCCACCAACACUAACCUCCUAUCCUAUGCUCCAUUCGGGAGAGAGUUACAGGAUUCAAGCACUGUUUUUGUCUUACUCGGGAAGAUAAUCACCGAAGUCUUGGAGACUCCAGAAAUUCUGGAAAUCAUUCAUCCUUUACUUGAUGAGUUCCAAGAAGUCUUCCCUGAAGAUUUAGCAGGGGGGCUUCCAUCCCUACGGGAUAUACAACAUUAG